UCUUUUGAUUGGAUUUGGUGAGGUGGAUCUUGUGCUGCAACUUUCUCCUUUGGUCUGACUUUCGGAGUUUCGGGUUCUUCCCGAUCGGAUCUGAGGGUGUGCCAAGCUUGUCCUUGGAGUCCGGUCAUCUUGAAGGAUGAUGGAGCUAAACGAGUUAGGAGAUAAACGAAAUAGGUGUGUCGUUCCGCUCUUUGUUUAAUUCAAUCGUACCUCAAAUCUUUUUCAUCCUCGCCCCAAAUAGGAAAUAGAACCCAUCACUGCACCCCCAAGUUCAAACGCAUUCCCAAGUUUCUCCACUGCUUUUCUUCUCCCUUGAAGCUCAUCUCCCAGAAUCGCCCUCACUGAACCCAGCUUAUAUAUUUGGGAAGUGUUGAAAAGAUGAUGUGACUACCAACAUUUGGACAAAUUCUUCUUAUUGUGAUCAGAGGUUCAGCACACCCUAUUCUAAAAUAUUCUGCUCCUUUCUUGCUUCUAUGAAAAAUCUCUAUGGAAAUCAAAUGUAAGACUAAGAGAUUGUCCAUGUCCAAAUCCGCAUAAGUUCUAACCUUGGGUAAACCAAAAAUAGUGUUUCUUACCAACUGCAUGAGCUUCCAUGGAGGUUUCCACAACCAUCAAACACAUCUUCUGCGACUACUGCAUGCAUGCUCAAGGGUACGAUCCCUCAGUGCAACAAAAGCACUCCAUGCUCUCAACAUCACAAUGGGUCCGUCUCCCAAGCAGCCCAUUUUUGUUUCCAACAGUAUCAUGUCACAAUAUUCCUCCCUUGGGAAGUUAUUGGUUGCUUGCAAGUUGUUUGAUAGGAUGCCUCUUAGAAAUGUUGUGUCAUAUAAUAUCAUGAUUAGUGCUUAUAACAUGUCUGGGAAUGUAGGGGAAGCUUGGAAAAUGUUUUAUGAGAUGAUGGCUUCAGGGUUCAAGCCAACUCAGUAUACAGUUAGCAGGUUAUUGUCAUGUGUGUCAUUGGAUGUUUAUCAUGGGGUUCAGUUGCAUUCUUUGGUAAUUAAAAACGGACUGUUUGAUGGUGAUACUUUUGUGGGGACUUCCUUGUUGGGUUUUUAUGGAAGGCAUGGGUUGUUAGAGGAAGCGACUUGGACAUUUCAGGAUAUGCCUUGCAGGAGCUUAAUAACAUGGAAUUCAAUGAUAUCAUUGCUUGGGAAUCAUGGAUUUUUUGAAAAUUGUUUGUAUUCGUUUCGGGAGCUGGUGCGGAUGGAUGUUGAUUUGUCUCCAGGUUCUUUUGUGGGUGUUUUUUCUGCAUUUUCAUGCCCUGAAGACUUGAAAAUUGGGGAACAUUUGCAUGCUUUUAUCGUAAAGAAUGGAUUUACUUGUGAAACUUUGGUGAUGAAUUCUAUAAUAGGUUUAUAUGUUAAAUGCACUGCCAUAUGCUUGAUAGAUAAAAUUUUUGAAGAAGUACAUGUUAAGGACGCUGUAUCAUGGAAUAGUAUCAUCGGUGCAAUAGCAAAAGUUGGUGCACCACAAAAAGCAGUAGAACUCUUCUCUCAAAUGUGCAUGGCUGGAGUGAUGCCCACAGAGAUAACAUUUCUUAGUCUUAUAAAUUGUAGUAUCAAUGUGGAGAUUCCUAUUUCUGGAGAGUCUGUACAUGCUAAGAUAAUCCAGCAUGGUUAUGAAUCUCGUGUUUUAGUCGGAACUGCGUUGGUUGAUUUUUAUGCUAAAUGUGCUAACUUGAAAGCUGCCCAUAUCUGUUUUUACGAGAUAUGUGAGAAAAAUGUGGUCUCUUGGAAUGCUUUGAUCUCAGGUUACUCAAAUAAUUACUCACCUAUAUCUAUAUGUUUAUUACAAGAAAUGCUUCAUUCGGGUUAUCAACCUAAUGAGUUUUCAUUUUCUGCUGUGCUUAAGUCAUCAUUGGCAUUAGAACUCCAACAGCUUCAUUGCUUGGUUGUAAGAAUGGGCUUUGAGCAAAAUCACUUUGUUCUGAGUUCUCUUAUAAUGUCAUAUGCCAAAAAUGGUUUAAUAUCUGAUGCCCUGGUCUUUGCCACAGCUUCUCAUGGUCUGCUUCCUGAUGUUCCCUCUAAUGCCAUUGCUGGAAUUUACAACAGAACUGGGCAAUAUAAUGAAACUCUAAGAUUCCUCUGUCCACGUGAAGAACUUGACAAUGUAUCCUGGAACAUUGUGAUUUCAGCUCUUGCCCGUAUUGGUGAUUACAAAGAGGUAUUUGAGCUUUUCCAACAGAUGCAUUUGAAUCAAGUCUGGCCAGACAAUUAUACACUUGCUAGUCUUCUAAGUGUGUGCGCUAAGCUUUGUGAUCUUGCUCUGGGAAGUUGUCUUCAUGCAUAUAUCAUUAAGACUGACUUCAGUUCUUGUGACACAUUUGCAUGCAAUCUUUUACUUGACAUGUACGGGAAGUGUGGUAGCAUUGGAAGCUCAGUGAAAAUAUUUGAUGAAGUGAGGUCCAAAAACUUAAUCACCUGGACUACUUUGAUUUCUGCUCUUGGAGUUCAUGGUUAUGUUCAAGAGGCAUUAGAAAGAUUUAGAGAAAUGAUAUCAUUGGGCUUUAAGCCUGAUGAAGUGGCUUUUACUGCUCUUCUUACAGCUUGCAGGCAUGGUGGGUUAGUUAGGGAUGGACUGGAGUUAUUCAGGCAAAUGAUAAGUGAUUAUGGGGUUGAACCAAAAAUGGAUCAUUACCAGUGUGUGGUGGACUUGCUGGUUAAAGGUGGUCAUGUUACAGAUGCAGAGAAAGUUAUUACCAGCAUGCCCUUCCCACCAGAUAUGAUUAUAUGGCGUUGUUUCCUCGAAGGGUGCAAGAGUCAUGGAAAUGCAGUGGAUGUGGACCAAGCAGUAGCACAUUCUUAAUUCUGAUUCAGCCAAUAUAUUCAUUUGGAAUUUAAUUAUUCUGACUGAUUUUUUGAGUCCUCCUUACAAUCGUUACUACCUCUAAGUGUUUACUCAGAAAUUGCAACAAGUGAAAGACGUUUCUUGUUUCUUGAAGCA